UUGUCUUUAAAACUUGAGCUUUAACAUUAUUAACUCUCUCUCACUUUGUAAUAUAAAUAAACACAGAAGAAACUCUAUGGCUAGCUUUGGAACCCCACUUUAAUUGUAUAGAAUUUUCACUUAUUGGAAGAGAAAAUCUCUGGGUUUUCUUCCAAUUUGGAAACCCAGUUGGGAUUUUGAUUACUGAGCUUUCUACAGACAGCCCUUGUUGAACUCCCCAUAUUCACUUCAAAAAAUGGUUAAAGACGAGGGCUCAUCAUCCGCGGCUUCAUCGCCUCUUCAGUUCUUUCCUGUUUUGCCACAACCACCUGGUGUAUGCUCACCAUAUACAUGGCUUACAGAGCCCAGCGAAGAGAGAGGACUAUACUUGAUCCGAUUUAUCAGCGCCUGCGCUUACUAUGUCGCUGCAGGCAGCCUAGAGAACGCGAAUAUAGGGUUGGAACAAAUUUCCCACCUCACUUCUCCGGAUGGUGAUCCCAUUCAGAGAAUGGUGGCUUACUUUACUGAGGCCCUUGCUGAUAGAGUACUUAGAAGUUGGCCCGGUCUGUAUAAAGCCCUCAACUCCACGAAAAUUGUAUCUGUUGAUGAAGAGAUUCUGGUUCAAAGAUUGUUCUAUGAGCUCUGUCCCUUUCUAAAACUUGCAUAUGCGAUCACAAAUCAGGCCAUCUUCGAAGCCAUGGAAGGCGAAAAAAUGAUUCACAUCGUUGAUCUUAACUCAAGCCAGCCUGCUCAGAUGAUUGAUCUUCUUCAGACACUAAGUGCACGCCCCGAAGGCCCACCCCAUUUGAGGAUCACGGGUAUUCAUGAGCAUAAAGACGUGUUGGAGCAAAUGUCCCUUAGGUUGACUGAAGAAGCUGAGAAGCUUGACAUCCCUUUUCAGUUCAAUCCUGUAGUUAGCAAGCUAGAGAAUCUUGACAUCGGAAGUUUGCGAGUCAAGUCCGGUGAAGCUCUUGCAGUCAGUUCUGUGCUUCAGUUGCAUUCUCUAUUGGCGACUGACGAUGAGAUGCCAGGAAAGAACUCGCCUUUGAUGUCAGCUCACCUGCAUAAACUCUCUCUUAUGAAUCAAAGACCACUAAAAGAUUGGCUUGAGAAGGACUCAUUCAGUUUGCUGAGAAUGAGUCCUGAUUCUGCUCUGUCGCCUCUAUCUUUAAGCGCUUCACCGAGGAUGGGGAGUUUUCUGUCUGCUCUUUGGGACUUGUCACCGAAAGUUAUGGUGGUUACCGAGCAAGAAUCGAACCACAAUAGUUAUAAUUUGUUGGAGAGGAUCUCGGAGGCAUUAUUUUAUUAUGGUGCAUUGUUUGAUUGCUUGGACUCCACGGUACCAAGAACGUUGGUGGAAAGGCAGAAGGUUGAGAAGAUGCUCUUCGGGGAGGAGAUUAAGAACAUCGUAGCAUGUGAGAGAUUCGAGAGAACGAAGAGGCAUGAAAAGCUCGAGAAGUGGAGUUUGAGGCUCGAGUUAGCCGGGUUCUCCAAGGUGCCUUUGAGCUAUCAAGGAAUGAUGCAGGCAACUAGGCUUCUAAGGCAGAGCCAUGUCUUUGGUGGCUAUAAGAUCAUAGAAGAAAAGGGAUGUUCGAUGAUCUGCUGGCAUGACAGACCCCUCUUUUCGGUUUCUGCUUGGAGGUUUAAGAGGUGAAGCUAUGGAUUAUUGAAAUAAGAAAUCUGAUUUUUAUUUUUUUAUUUAUUUUUUAUUUGGUGUUAGUUUGUUUUUCGUGUUUGUAUAAAAGUUCUUAAGAGUGGCUCGUUUCUCUAGUGUAUAU